GCGAUGGUGGUGUUGUGGAAGCAUGGGCGCCGAGAGAGUGGAGUGGAACGACCUUGUUUCCUCGAGGAGUGACAGUAAGCUCCAUCUCAACGGAUGCGUACCUUGCAGACUAUGUGGAUGUUGCCCUGAUGGGUGCAUGGAGGCGUUUCCCACUGAAUCGCUGGAUCCUUCUGCAGGAAGAUGGAGCCUUUUCCGGCUGGGAGGUCCACACGCUUCCGCCCAUCCCAAGUGCGGCCCCGACCCAGUCCUUCUUCACCAAG